AUUUAAUGUGAUUUUGCUGAUUAUGUAAACGGGUAUAAAAACCAUGUUUGCCUGUUUGGGCUUUGCCGCCUCCUAUUCGUCUCUACGAUUUACUCGUUCGUUCUCCGAGUUGCUGGUGGUUUCCUUUCGUGGGAUUUGAAGGGCAUUUCAAAAUUCGGACCUCGAUUUAGCCGAUUAUCUCUUUCUUCCUGAGAUUUUAGCGGGUGCGGUUCAACUCUAUCAACAUGCCUGAAAUUCAGUACUCUGACAAGUAUUUCGAUGACACUUAUGAGUACAGGCAUGUGGUCCUUCCCCCAGAUGUUGCAAAAUUGCUUCCCAAGAACCGACUACUUUCAGAGAAUGAAUGGCGAGGUAUUGGAGUCCAGCAGUCACGCGGGUGGGUGCAUUAUGCAAUUCAUCGCCCUGAACCUCACAUUAUGCUAUUUCGGAGGCCUUUAAAUUUUCAGCAAAAUCAACAGUAGCCAUACUAUUACGACUCUGUAAAAAACUUACAAGACAAUGGCGAGCCAUCUCACUGCAUUGCUUUUUACUCAAAUUUUCUCUUUAGUUGUUUUAUGCUAAUAGGCCUGAUUCAUCACUCCGGAAAUUUACUUUGCUAUACUUCAAAGAUUUCAUUUGGAAUACAAAGUUUUCUCAUUCUCAUCUC